GUGAAUCUCGUAUCCCGAUCGGCAACCAUUCGCAACAACACCUCAACCUCAACUGACCACCACUCCCCAACUCCCUACGCAAAACAACAUGACGACACUCCUCUAUACCCCAUGGAACAAUUACCUGGCACCCAAACAGCAUGCCUCAGCAGGAUGAUACAGUUACUUCUCCCAAUGCACCAACUAAGCCAUUUCCGCAAUUCAUGAACCUCCCACCUGAACUCCACAUCCUCAUCGCCAACUUCCUCAUCUUCCCCGACGUGAUCCAUCUCAAACUGACCUGCGCCUACUUCAAUGACCUAAUCCCGUCACUCUCACACCAGGACCUACUCGAAGCCGAACUUACACACUUCGCCCUUGCACACGAUAUCUACGCCUGUCGGUAUUGUCUCCGUCUCCGUCCAGCGGCCAAAUUCGCGGAUCGGAUGCUUCGACGUGGACGGGGUAGAUACGGUCGUGAUGCAGAGAGGCGCUUCUGUGUGGAAUGCGGGCUGAUGCCACGUUCUGGCACGGCGAGGUAUGGACCUGGGGCACAGAUUGUGAUUCAGGGUGUUAUGUUCGUGAUUUGUAUGGUUUGCAGAGACUUUGCGGUUGGGGUGAAGGAUUGCAAGGGGAUUGCGAUCUGUCAGAGUUGUUGGGAAGGUAGGUCGACGCGCGAGAGGGAUUUCCGUGAUGGGGUUAAGUGUGACUUGCCUCAUCUGCGUGCUUCAUCCUCGUUAGGUUAAGUUUGGAGGUGUAGGACUGUGGAUUUGGUACGCCGUUGUUUUUUGGCUGGCAGGAUCCACGCAUAUGGCCGUAUGCUCAUGUGGGAAAUCUAUGUGCCAAAGUGUUUCCAUAAAAUAUGCCUUCUUUCCUAGGUAUAUCGGAACGUUUGGGUUCCCGCCUAAGGAGUAAAAGCUGACUUGUUGCGUCCUCCGCCGAUUGCCGGGGGCAUGGGAGACUUGUA